GGCUCAUUUGAUAGGAUUGUUUGCAAUAAAACCCGAACUCAAUAGAAUAUUUGUAGAUUUUUUUCUCUCCAUUGGACAGCUUCUUUGUCCUCUCUGUAAAAUGGCAGAAUGGUGUCUGUCUUAAAUAAUAAGGCCCAGAAGUCCUCCAACAGAACAGCCACCAGGCUUCCAGCUGCUACCCCUCCUCCGUUAGCGAUGGCUGCUGCAGACAUCAUGCCCGCUGCAUAGGAACCUGCAGCGAUCCCGACAGACGUGAAGCCCACGGCUCCCAGAACCACGGGGGCGGCCAGCAACGCUCCGCCUCAUGAGCACAAGAGGAACAUUUAUUUAACACCGUCUGAAGAGACAGUCUUGGAAAAUUCCUUAAAAUUUUUAUUGCAGAUGAUUAAAAAGCUCCUGGAAAUAAAUAAGAGUUUAAAGAUUCUCGCCCUGCAAUACUGCACUUUCAGUCCGUCUUCUGCUGCCUCCUGUUGUUCCAUGUUGGUAACUGCUCCCUUUUCCUGAGAAAUGAAACCUAUAAAAUCAGCCCACAAUUCCUCCUGAAUCAGACAGAAGAACGGGCAUAACAACUGUUCAUCGAGCCUGGAAGAAUGGAGGAAGAAAUUUGUAAAUACAUCGUUGUAGGUGCAGGAGGUGUAGCAACUGUGGUUCUGACUCCUGCUCUUCUGGCUGCACUUGGCUUCACCGCAACUGGAAUUGCGUCAGGCUCCAUCGCUGCAAAGAUGAUGUCUUUAUUUGCACUCUUUUAUGGAGGAGGAAUUCCAGCUGGGGGCCUGGUGGCAACCUUACAGUCUAUUGGUAUGACAGGAUUAGGAUGGUUUGGAACUGGAACAGUGGCUGGUAUUGGAAGUAUAGUAGGGUCGAUGAUAUCAAGCAUUUGUAAUGUAACUGUAAAAAUAGAAGGCAGUCCAUAGCACAGACAAGGAAUAUACUUUUCAUUCCAAUAGAGUUAAAGUCAUGUUGUUCUUAUAUAAUAUAAUCAUGUCUUAAAGAGUAGAUUCUGAAAUUCAAACAUGUAUAAUCUGAUUAAGAAUGAAAGAAACAUUAUUUUUUGCUGUGAACAUGUCUUGUUAAAGGUCACUGUGAUGUGUGGAUAUUGCUGCAGGCAUUUUCUAAAUUUUGAGGGAAUGCUAUUUCUACUCAUCAUUCUGAGAGCAGAAUAAAGAAAACUUUGUACGUGUGUACAUCAGUUGUAAAACUUCAACCUGUACUCAAUAAAUAAAUAAGUAAAUAAUAUAUCAAUCAAUAAAGAAAAAGUGUUUUAAUAUAUUGUGGUAUUUGUUUUUGUUUUUGCUGAUACAUUUGGGGAAAUAAUUGGGACCCAGGAAACAUUAGACCCUUAAGAGUCAUGUUGUUAAGUCUUGUACUUUUCAGGACAUAGUGGUUACCUUACAAACCUUUCCAAGUAUGUCUCCAUUGUUUAUGAAAUUUAAUGGGUACAAACGUUCAUGUAACUUAUUAAAUACUAAGUAUUUUUCAUAAUAAAGCCUGACUCUGGAGCAUAUUUAGAAAGUUCCAAAAGAAAAAGAUAUCCAUUAAGUUUUUUAAAAGUUCCAAAAAAAAUACCAUUUAAGUUCUCCAGGAAAGUACCUGGAAAGCUGCAAUAUGUAACAUGGAAGAUCCUUUUAAGUCUAAAGUAGCUAGGUCCCAGUAAGGUUGCAGAAAUGAACCAUUAAGAGUUGAGGUAAAAUAUAGAUUGUUCACUUAUGCUGAAGUGUUGGCAC